AUCAUUCGAUUAUGUGGGCAAGUCGCCGCACCCACACUAGUUUCUUGUUUGGCUUUGGCUUCGAUUUUGGAGGUCCCAUGCAAACUCUUAAACGUAACAUGUACGCAUAACAUUUAAACUUUGAUCGCAUUUUCAAUUUUUCAUACACUAUGUAUUUAGAAAAAAUACGAACAAAUUUGUGACUUUUACCCAAUCUUUUAUGACUUUUCUUCCCCUCUUUUCCUAUAUAAACCAAAUUAUUUCAACUAUCUUAAACACACCAUCAACAAAUAAAAAAUACAAACUUCUAUUUAUUCAAUAAACAAGUCUUCCAAGAUGAGCCCCUCCGUAAGACCCCUCCUCAUUUCUUGCCUCGUAAUCAUCCUAGCUUCCGCAAUCUCCACACCUACCCGCGCAACCACCUUUACAGUUAAAAACCAAUGUAGCUACACCGUGUGGGGCGCUGCACUACCCGGUGGUGCAGAAGAAAUGCCCUCCGGUGACACAUGGAAUUUCGAUGUCGAUCCCAGCACGUCCGCUGGUCGUGUUUGGGGUCGCACCGGAUGCACCUCCGGUGGGUCCAACAGCCUUAAGUGCACCACAGGAGACUGUGGUGGUGGGCUAUUCGACUGCGGUACAAACUCUGGGGCACCCCCACUUACCAUAGCAGAGUAUACUUUAACAAAUACACAAGACACCAUAGAUAUAUCUUUGGUUGAUGGGUUUAAUGUACCCAUGAGUUUUAAGGCGGCUAGUGGAUGCGAUAAUACCCCCUCUUGCGCAGCUAAUGUUCUCGAUUCGUGUCCUUCCGACCUUAAGGUUGACGGCGGGUGUUUAAGCGCUUGCAAUAAGUACAAUACUGAUGAAUAUUGUUGUAGGAACCAAUAUGAAACAAAUUGUCCUCCAAAUAACUACUCCAUGAUUUUUAAGAAUUUGUGCCCUCAAGCUUAUAGUUAUGCUAAGGAUGAUCAAACUAGCACCUUUGUUUGCCCUCAUGGUACCAACUAUGUAGUUACAUUUUGUCCUUGA